AUGAUCUUGCUCCUCUUCUUGUUCGGUCUGACUCUGGGUGCUCCUUCUGAGUCUCCUUCUGAUGACAAUAAAGUGAAGCUACAACUUGUUAAACUACUGCAUGGAAACUGUCCCAUGUUCUGGUGGAACUUCAAUGGCCGCUGCUACAAAUAUGUGGCCGCACACUUGAGCUGGGCUGAUGCAGAACUCUACUGUGUGUCACAGGGAGCCAACCUGGUGUCAAUUCACAAUGAGGAGGAACAGAACUUUGUCAGAACCUUAGUUAAGAACUUUGACCACACUGAGGGAUGGACCUGGAUUGGACUCAGUGACCUUCAUAAAGAAGGCAGAUGGAUGUGGUCUGAUGGUUGUGCAGUUCGGUUUGUCCACUGGUGUCCACACCAGCCAGACAACUGGAAGGGAAUUGAACACUGUGGUCACAUCAACUAUUCAAACCUAAAGAAGUGGAAUGACUACUCAUGUUCUACAAUUUCACCUUCUGUUUGUGCAACACGAACGACCUGUCCUAAAACGUAA